GUUUUAUUUUUCUGCUCGCGCCCCGUCGGCCUCCUCGGUGUCUAGCGGGUUUGUCAAUGCAGCUAACCGACACCUGCGACAACAAACACCUUUAACGAGGGCUUUUUUUUUCGCUUUACUUGCGACAUUAACGAUGUCUGGAGCCGAACCCCGUUCUUCCUUGUAGCGUGUUUUAUGUAGACGGACUCGGUAAUGCUGCCUCCCUCAGACAAAGUGCCCGGUUCAGGCUGACUUUUCGGUAUGACAGGGAUGAAGAUAGAUUUGCUAACAACAUUCAAACGUCUGCAUUUUAUUACCUCGAUACCAAGAUUUCCAACACAGAUUUUCAAAUGAAAAUGGAGGAUAUGCCCCUCUCAGGCCCAGACAACACCAAGCUGGAGGCCUUGGUCCACGACAUCUACUCUGAGCUGGUGGAAGAUGCCUGUUUGGGCCUGUGUUUUGAGGUACAUCGUGCUGUCAAACAGGGCUACUUCUUCUUGGAUGAAACGGACCAAGAGAGCAUGAAGGAGUUUGAAAUUGUGGAUCAGCCUGGAGUGGACAUAUUUGGGCAGGUGUACAAUCAGUGGAAGAACAAGGAGUGUGAGUGUCCUAACUGCAAAAGGUUGAUAGCUGCUUCUCGCUUCGCUCCACAUUUGGAGAAAUGUCUCGGUAUGGGACGCAACAGCAGCCGCAUCGCCAACCGCAGGUUAGCCAGCAAUAAUAACAUGAGUAAAUCAGAGAGCGACCAGGAAGACAACGAUGACCUCAAUGACAAUGACUGGUCGUAUGGUGCAGAAAAAAAAGCCAAGAAGAGGAAGUCAGAUAAGAAUCAAAAUUCACCGAGAAGAUCCAAAUCUCUGAAACACAAAAAUGGCGAGCUUGGGAGCAGCGUCAGUUCAGAGCCGUACAAGUACAACUAUAACACUGGCAUCAGUUAUGAAAGUUUAGGCCCUGAUGAAGUCAGGACACUUUUAACAACGCAAUGUGGGGUGAUCUCUGAGCACACCAAGAAGAUGUGUACCAGGUCUCAGCGGUGUCCCCAGCACACGGACGAACAGAGGAGGGCCGUCAGGGUGAUCCUCCUGGGGCAGUCCGUGCCGACGCUGCCUGAUGCAGACGCUGUGUUGGAAAGCGACAGCUUUGACAUUCCAGACGGACAGACCUUAAUGAGCCGCCUGGAUUGGGAGGACUCCCCUGAUAUUUCCCCCACUGACUCAGCCUCAUCUAAAGCCAGUACCAACCACUCAGAUUCUAGGAGGCCCAAGAAGAAGAAGAGGCCGUCUCUUGGUUUGAACAGCGGAGGCGGCAGCACAAGUCUGACUGGGGGCGGCAGCAGCAGCAGCUCUCAGAGUAAUAUCAGUUUGCCAACCAAAAAAAAGAGGCCCAAACUCUCAGCACCUUCUAUUUCGAGCAUCUAUGAUAACUUAGACUAGCGUACACCCAUUUCAUAGCCCAGCUCUUUCCUCAUCUUUUAAGUCCUUCCUCUCAUACCAAAACUCUGAUCAGGGUGGGAUGAAACUUGACUUCGUAGUUCUCUAAUCAUCUGGCCUUGACGAGCGAGGCAUGUGUAUUUGGAAAGUUUCUCCGCCUGUAUUAUGAACACAGUGUCCCAAGAACUGAGGCCAGUCAACGAGGCAGAGUACACGUAUUUUCGUUCAGUGUGUUAACAUGGGCUUAAAAUCAGGAUGACUUGCUGGUGCAUUCAGGUGAUUCUUCGUUUAGCUGGUCCACUGAAGUUCUUCCACAUCAAACUAAGAAACAACAAAAAAGGACCUUUGGCCACAUGGAAGAAUAUAUAGAAAGAUAUUAUAUAUUAAGUAGUCAUCUACUACAAAUGAUCAUCUAGAAUGAAACAACUGCAGGCCAGCUGAUCAGCAUAAUUCAGAAGAGGCUAGCUCUGUAUAACCUUUUGCAUUUUUUUUUCUAGCUUCUUGGCUAGUCCUAGUCCUGGUUUCACCCAUCAUUGGCUAACACAGACUACUGCCUCCUGCUGGCAUGGACAGUCAUGUCCUCUCAUGCAGACUCAACACCGCUGGCUGUAGUCGUCAAGCUGUCUUCACAUGCAGCUUUUUGUUUCAGACUCAGGAAGGUUGAUCACGAGGAUCGGUCCAAAAUAAGUUUUACUAAAUAGUAGGAAUAAAUUUGCACCAUAGGCUGUAAGUGACAUGACAAGCUGUUAAACUCUUGGUCAGGAGAACACCUGGAUUCAUGUGUAACAUCAUCAUGCCCCUAGAUAUCCAAAUUCAUGGUGAUUUCAUUUGCUACAUUCAGUUUGAAACAGUCGUUGGUCUUGUAACCUCUCCCUCUUUUUAGACGCUGUGUUCACUCAGUUAUGUGGAGAAGCUCAAACUGCUUUCAGUUCAACACUUGACACACUUAUAAUGGAGUCCUCAUCAGUGGCUUUUUAAUUCUAGCAUCGUAUUGCACAGAUGUGUGUGUGUGCCUCUGUAUGCCGACUUGCAUCCAGCGUGAACGUUUCCCUGUAAAGUGUGUGCGGUCAGAGGGCGUGUGUGUAAUCAUUUAUAGUUUCACAAAAGUCCGCAUCCUAGACGGUGGGGUCUUUGUGAAAGUAUGUGUGCCAUUUUAAACCUUGAUCUUUCUUUGUUUACAUGGACUAUAUAUUUAAGUUUGUAUUUGUCACUGCUUUCGUAGUGAUGUGUAUAUAAUUUGUGUGUAAAUGCAGAUUUUGAUAUUUGAUGAGCCAGUGGGCUUUCGGGGCACAUGUACAGGACGUGUAUGUAUGACACUUGUGAGAUGGAAACUGAAUCAUGAAUCCAGCUUAACGUUUAUUCCUCUGUAGAAAGCUUGUGUGUUUUCACUCUUUCUUCUAAUAGAUUACAUAAUACAGAAAAAUAGAUCAGUGCUGCAGCUCUGCUUCUCGUACGCCUAUAACCUAUAACUAUGUCUGAUGUUAGUUGUAAGAUAUAUUACUCGCUCCAGCGGUCAAAUUACUGUCAUUUUUAGUUGAAGUCUUGGCAUUUUUAACAGUUUUCUUAUAAAUUUGAUGAUUUAGUUAUUAAUUUCGAGUCGGAGUGCGUAGGAAAACACAAGGAGGUAUUUUAUUUGUACGAGUCAGAACUUUAAAACUUAGGGAUUGUGCAUAAGUUAUUUGUGGAGGUGUAAAGGGCUUAAGAAAACGGGGAGGCGCCAGAAACGUUUGAUAGCUGCAGGAAACCCUUCUCACACCCUUAUGGUCGCAUUUAAAAGUUACUGUAACUUUCCAAAACCAGUGAGCUGACGCUGACGCCCGCUUCACACUGGGGGGCGAUCAGCUGCAUGAACGUGAGCUACGUUUUAUCUUCAGUCUCUAACGCUUGUUUGUUCUUUUUCUGUGGCGUUUUCCUGUAUACAUCUGAUUAAUGUCUUCCUGUGCACAGACGUCCCCGUGUCUAAAGAUGUCCACUCCCCCCCCCCUCCCCUUUCCCCCGUUUCUGUGAAAACUUGCUUUUAUCAGUAAGAUAAUGUUGACACAAAGGUACGUGCGGCGGCUUUUAGGGGAUAACGAUCAUGCUUUCUUCUCACAGUUGGACCAACGCGUCCGUUUUCAGGAAGAGAUUAGAUAAGGCUUCUCAGAUUUCACUACCAGGUAUCCUGGAAAGGGUCCAAAUUUGGAACAAGGUUUAAGAUUCACACUCUUCUACACUCCAGUAAUUUUGAUACAGUCCCUAAAUUUCGGUGCGUUCAGUUAUUUGUCCACCUGCAACGAAGGCGACUGUCUGCUAAAGCCCGACUUAAAUUCCAGCGCGGGAGGUGUUUCUGGCAGACUGCAGCAGCUCUGACCAUGCCCUUGUGAUUCCUGUCCAGUAAAGUGUUGCGAUGUUUACUAAAGAUGAAAAAUGAACUGGUAAUUUAACAAUGAUUUGAAGCUAUCGGCGGGUGUUCUCUCGUGGCUUAUUGUGUAUCUGUCUGUAGCAACAAAAAAAAAUGCAGUGUUGUAUUUCUUCCUCAUGCAAAGCACCAACGAGUGCACGUAUGAACGGCUUCCAUCUAAACAUAAUGUGACGCAUAGGUUAUAUUUUCUUCACUGCCACGCUUACUGAUGUUUGUAUAUAAAUAAACGCAUACCAUACCCAGA